AAGCGCGGCGCGGCUCCUCGAGUCUCUCUCCACGCAGUGAGUGCUCCGCACCCAUUGUUUCCUCCGCGGGCACCCUUGGCACGAAUUCUGCGAUCAUAAUUCAUAUUAUUACAAGGAUUAGGGCCGUUGAAAUUGGUUCGACGUUCGUUUUUUUUCUCAUGAAAUCAACGGAGGGUGGCUCUAAAUUAAGAACAUAUUAAUAAAGUCUUCCAAACCCUCAACCGUCGGUCGUGGUGUAAAAAGAAAAUAUUAGACGUGAAAAGUAGUUAUAUUAAUAAUAAUAGGAGACAAUAAGGAAUUCGGGCCAGUGCAGAAGACGGCUUUGGCGACGAAGAUUCCACAGCGAGCAACGGAGCGUCAGCGGCACGGGGAAGACGCGACACGGCGGCAGGCAGGCAGGUGGUGGCGGUAGUGGCUCGCGACCAUGGCGUUCAGCUUCUCAGCCUUCUGCUACAUGUUGGCCUUGCUCCUGUGCUCCACGCUCAUCUUCUUCGCCAUCUGGCACAUCGCUGCUUUUGACGAACUCCAGCGCGAAUGCACGAGUCCCCUCGAGCACAGCAACGUGUUGAACAAGCAAGAGCGGAUGAGGAAAAUUGAACGGAUCUGCCGCAUGCUGAGACAGCUGAUCCUGCCAGAAUAUUUCAUCCACAGCUUAUUCUGCCUCAUGUUCCUGUGUGCCCUGGAGUGGCUGGCCGUGGGGGUAAAUGCACCUCUCCUGUGCUACCACAUCUGGAGGUACCUACGUGGACCGGCGAUGAGCUCUCCUGGACAGUACGACCCCUGUGCUGUUUUGGGCGACGACGCGUUGGCCUACUGUCGCAAGGAGGGCUGGUGCAAGCUCGGAUUUUACCUGCUCUCCUUUUUUUACUACCUCUACAGCAUGGUCUACAACCUGAUGAGUCCUCCUUAGGGACCCCAGCUCUUCCUUGGCUAUGGCUGCUCCGCCGCGCGCCAACCUCUCUUCCAAAGCGGCGGUGCCUCUCAAGCGCCGAUCGCUGUGUUUUGGUGGCCACCGGAACAUGCGAUUGGGAGCAGAUGGACGAUUACUCACAGUGAGUGGAUUGAUCGCGGAUGGGUUUAUAACCAAGCACGAGGGAUUAAAACGUUGCACUUUGGGACCACAUCAAGUCUUCACAGGGGGAGAAGAUUUUGGCAGAGUGUGAAGAUGAAGACCCCCCCCCCCACUGAGUGGAAUGAGCCUUAGUUUAGCGAAAUGCACUCAGACUCUUUGCAGUUAAUUAUUUGUUAUUUGCUGCGAUCUGUCAAUCUCUUGCUGUUGCACCUCCUGUUUGUUCAAUCGCUCCUUUCUGUUUUGAUGCUUGUGCGUGACGUCUGCACUCAUGGACGAAAGCAAAGAGAGAGAUUGUAGCUCAAGCCCUAUCUUGCUGGGUUGAUUAAAGAGAAACUAGGCAUGAUUAAGCAUCUUUGGGUAUUGUUUUUUAAACAGACAGUACAAAAUGUAUGUUUCUCGGCUACCUUGAUCAUCCCAGUUCCAUUUUUAAAUAAGACUCGAACAUGUUUGCAAUCAUCUCGGUGUUUGAUCUCCAGAAGAAAAAAAAACAUUGGUGCUGUUACACUGAAUUUUUUUUUAAGUGCGACAAUGAUGGACAAGUUACGUGAACCGAGUGGUAGAAAGGAAUUAUAUUUCUGGAUUAUGUCUUAAAAUAAAAUUUUAAUAUGGUGUCACUAAGAUAAACACCUCAUAGUGACACACAUAGCAGGUGUCUAAUCAUUUGCAUGCAAUCAUUCCUUGCUGCUUGGUAUGCAUAGACUAACUCCGGCGAUAUUCUGACCGACAGAAACCGUUGCGUGCCCACGGACGUCAAUGUGAGAUGGGCCGCACACUCAGCCCUAGGGGCAGCAGCGGCACUGCUGAUUCAGCCUAGGCCAUUAGCAGACAUUGUGUUUGGGUUAGGGUUACACGAUUACAAACAUGAUAAGUUAGAUAAACCGAUUAAUUGAAAUUUACAUUAUUUUAAUAGUAUUGUUAGACAUGUUAAUACUUUUUUUUAUAAGGAUGUGAGUUUAAGGCCAUAUGUGGUGUACCCCUAUUUUUCAUGUCUCCUGGGCCCCUUGGGUUCCUUGGGGCCCUAUACUUCUUCUUAGUUUUCUUAUGCCUCGCACCAUCAUUGCCUAAGGUGUGUUUUAAAAUGAUGUACUCUGCUAUGUUUGAUGCAUCAGUAUGAGAGGCAGUGCCCGUGUAUUGCAAGUGUAAAUGAGAAGCACAUCACAGCCAUGGAGGAGGUGGUGGAUGAGGUGUCCACCUCUAACUAGAGAUAAGUAACUUGAAUGAGGUGCACUUAACGUGUAGGUGGCCAGGUGGCUCAGACGUCACAAUACUGAGCCAGCACUGCUGAGAUCCUGGGAUUAAGUCCAGGUAACCAAUUGUGAUUUAACUGUGUUCCCAAGGGUAGUGGAUUAAUGGUUUCAGCUCCAUUACCAGUGACUGCACAAAGCAAGGUUUUGCACUUAAUUUGGCUAAGUUACAAUUCUGAAAAAUAAAACGUUGGUUUGACUAGCUAUCAUGUGACGAACAUUGCAGGUACAGUUGAUGUGCAAGUGCUUCCUCUUCCUGUGCAAACCAGAUCGCAUUGAAGGGUUCUCGAAGGUAGUUCUAUGGCAUCUGCUUCAGUGGCCCGUUCUUCAACAAGAAGGCUUGCUGCUCUGUGAGGAGAUGCGAAUGGAUUAUUCGUCUCAUAGCAUGACGCCGACAGCACAAACGUCGGGGUGAAGCUCAUGAAAAAUGACAUUGUAAAAGAAAGUAACUUGAAACAAAUUGUGGUCACUAGUUUGAGCACAUUUGUGUUGUCUUCCUCUGACCACUGCGAUGCAGUGCACCUGAGUGUGCGUCGCUGUUCGUGGAAAAAUGUCAGAACCGGAUGUGCAUUUUUUCAUUUUAUGUUCUGAAAUAUAAGGGUCACAUUCAUGAGUGCUGGAACUCAAACAGCAUUGGCAAGUAGGCCCUGGAUGGAGUAAUGCAUCCGUUGUCACACCACCGAGCCCUGAGUGCCCAUCUCCCUCUCUGCGGAACACAAGCUGGAUGGACUGAUCUCGCAUUGCCAUGUACCGCGUAGUAAGGGUUAGUGUCAAGCCCUUGACGUGAAGACAUUACAUGUUUGAAUGAGUUAUGUUUCAUGUUAAUGUCUAUAAUUCAUGUUGUCAUUUUAAAUAUAACAAUAAAAGUUUGUUAAGUUUUUAUCUUUACAUUGAUAAUGCUUUAAGUUAUUUUGCAAUGCUUCAUAAGUAAAAGUGGUCAGUUGAGUGUAAUACAACACAGUCGUCAUUUUUAACACUUUGAAAUCCAGAAAAACGAUGUGGAGUCCAUGAUGUUUGAAUACAGUAUUUUAAAUAUUAGAGCUGUGUGUUUUAUUUUAAUAAUAUAGUUAUUCUGCGCCUGAAAAUGUCUGGCAUAAUUUCAUGAGAAACGCAAAGGAGUUGUACAUCCUGUGCUCUCGUAAGAUAUUUUAAACACAUCCUUAAGUGUUUAUAAAAAAGUGUA